UACGCGAAUUAUGUAAAAUUUUUAUGCACAAGUGAUGCACAGUUUACGUUUUUAUCUCUAUCAUGCGAUCUGCAUUUUCUCAUGCCUCGGUUGCUUUUCGAUUCUUUGUCGCUUUUCACAAUGUAAUAUUGAAGGUAAAGGAUUCAUUGAAUCUAUGUGCUUUUCCGAUUCUCGCUUUUGUGCUCGAUGAACACCAUGAUUGGUCUUACAAUUCACCCCGAUAGGACUGUCUAGCUAGCAAUUAAUACGCCCGGGAGUUUCAGGGGUGACAACGUGCCUCGUGAGGGGAGAAGGGAGUCUACCGUUUUCAUCUCGUGCAGGAGGCGUAGUUCUUUCGUGCGGAAAGAGAGCAAUAGAUCGACGCGGACGUCGGCGUCGCGACGCGAGAAAGACCGCGAACGUACAAGGAAGAGGAGGGAGAAAGACAGAAAGGGCUGAGGAGAAAGAAGGAAAGAGAAGAAGCUAGAUGAGAGGAUUCGUGGGGACAAAGGGAUGUCGUCGUGACGGCGCAGACUCGGUGAACGCCGGGCGUCCCGACGCCUUCUCGCGUCCCUUUUAUAUCUCGUCUUCGCCAGUACAUCUCUAACGAUUCACAUCGCACUUUCCCCAUUCACACAUACCGCGGAAAAACGACGCCGGCGACGCGUCUUCACCCCUUUGCCCUUCAUCCCCUCCUCUCCCUCCCCCUCGUCUCUCAUUUUCUUCCAUUUCUCCGAAAGCGAAAUUUGUGUUUCGACUCUGAUCGUCUGAUUGUCUCGUGAGCGCGCGAAUGUUCAUACGCGUCUAUAUACACGGUUGCACACGCGACACGCGCGUGCCCACCGUCAUAUCUCGUAUACGUGUGUGACAUAACGAGUGCAACGACUGUGCGUCAUAGUCCCUUCCACAGCACGAUAGACUUCGAUCUCGCGAUCGAAAGUUGCCCCGACGCUUCCGAGCGAUAGUGUCUCGUCACAGCUUCCCGACGAAGGUGGAGAGACCGUCGCACAGCAGUACGGCCGCUAGCCAGAUCCACGGCAACAGCAUGCACGGCGCGUACUCGUCUGGUAGCCAGACGUCCCUGUCGACGACAUCGUACAUCACGGGCCAGUCCUACAUGCAGAAUCAAAAUUACGCGCACGGGCCUCCGUAUCCUGCCGCGAGCGUGCAGGUCUAUUCGCACAACGCAACAGGCUAUUCGCAGCCGCAGAGCUACGGCACCAUGGUGCAGGGCUUUGGUGGGCAACCACAGUCCGCUGGGUAUCAGCAGAAUCAUCUUAAGAAGGGCUCGGUCCGUAACGGCGAUGUGCUCAAGCGAUGUCGGCUGCAGACCGCAUACGAGUUGUCGCAGGAUCUACUUGACAAGCAGAUCGAGAUGCUAGAGCGGAAAUACGGUGGCGUGAAGGCGCGGAACGCGGCACUGACAAUUCAACGUGCCUUUCGGAGGUACACAUUGCUGAAGAAAUUCGCGGCGAUCACGGCGAUGGCCAAGGCAGAAAAGAGAUUGAGUAGGAAGCUUCAAGAAUUGGCGAUCGACCGCUCGGGUAAUCUCAACGAUCACGAGAGAAUGGUUUAUCAUAGUCAAAUAUACAUUCAGCAGGCACAGUCCGCCAACAGCAGACCAAUGCCGAUUCGAAGCAUGUCUCUCAGGGAGAGGCGGCACGUGGACAAUUCGCAAUCGCCUAUACCGAGAAGUCAGAGUGGUAGAUGCGAGGUCCAGGUCAGCCAUCAACACACAAAUCAUAAUUUGCACCAGAGCGGUAGACAUACGCCCUCAUUGGCGCCCAGCCCAUGCAAUCGACAUCAGCAGUUACCACCGAGUCCCUGCUGGGAAUCGAGCUCCCAGGAGAGCGGCUCCAGUAUCCAUUAUUACAAUCCACAGGAAGCCUUGUGCGGCCUGAGACAAGAAACGCCACCAAGAGACUUGCUGCGAACACCAUGCACAUCGCCGUCGACGCCGCACAAUCUACAGACGACUAUAUCGCAAAAUUGGAACAACGCCAACCAGCUUGGUCCUGGCAGAACGAGGUGUUCCGGUAAAAAAGUCCCUCCGGAGGUACCGAAGAGAACGUCUUCUAUCACCUCGAGAUCCAUGGAACCACGACAUAAUGGUCUUAGUAAAAGUGUGGAGAAUGGAAGUCUAAGUUCGGUGCAGAGCUCCGGUAGUGAUUCCACCAAUUGCGAAAGCUCCGAGGGCGAUGCUCAGAGAGGAUCUCCUGUCUGGAAGCACAAAGGAAUUUCGAGUUCGCCGGAACAUCAGGAAUGCGCGAGUCAUACUGCUGACACGACGGCGAUGACCGCUAACGUGAAGGAGCUUGGCCACUCACAUGCUAGCUCCGGUUAUCAGCUUCCCCUAAUGGACCACACAGAAAGUCUGCCGCCUCAAACGAGUUACAAGGUGUCCGAAACAGUGAGAAAGCGACAAUACAGAGUCGGCCUAAAUCUUUUCAAUAAGAAACCGGAAAGGGGAAUCAGUUAUCUUAUCAGACGUGGAUUUUUGGAGAACAGUCCGCAAGGAGUCGCUAGAUUCUUGAUCAGUCGAAAAGGAUUAUCCAAACAGAUGAUAGGAGAGUAUCUUGGAAAUUUGCAGAACACUUUUAAUAUGGCAGUACUUGAAUGUUUCUCUCAGGAGUUAGAUCUUUCUGGAAUGCAAGUGGAUGUCGCUUUACGAAAGUUUCAAGCCUACUUCAGAAUGCCUGGCGAGGCGCAAAAGAUCGAACGGUUAAUGGAAGUCUUUAGUCAACGUUAUUGCCAAUGCAAUCACGAUGUAAUAUCGAGGCUGCGGUCGGCAGAUACCGUUUUUGUCUUAGCCUUUGCUAUUAUCAUGCUUAACACGGAUUUGCAUACACCUAACCUAAAACCUGAGCGCAGAAUGAGACUCGAGGAUUUUAUAAAAAAUCUUCGAGGAAUCGAUGAUUGCGGCGAUAUAGAUCGGGAUAUCCUAGUUGGCAUUUACGAACGAGUGAAAGAUAAUGAAUUCAAGCCAGGCUCAGACCAUGUGUCGCAAGUAAUGAAGGUCCAAGCGACUAUUGUUGGAAAGAAGCCAAACAUGGCGCUACCACAUCGAAGAUUGGUGUGUUACUGCAGGCUCUAUGAGAUACCGGAUAUUCAUAAAAAAGAGAGACCUGGCGUUCAUCAAAGAGAGGUUUUCCUCUUUAACGACCUGCUCGUUGUCACGAAGAUAUUGAGCAAGAAGAAGAAUAGCGUAACUUAUACUUUCAGGCAGAGCUUUACACUUUGUGGCAUGGUGGUUACUUUAUUUGAAGUUCCCCAUUAUCCAUAUGGCAUAAGACUUUCUCAGCGUGUCGACGGAAAAGUUCUAGUCACAUUUAAUGCUCGAAACGAACAUGACAGGUGUAAAUUUGUGGAAGACCUUAGAGAAUCUAUCAGUGAAAUGGAUGAGAUGGAAACUUUACGUAUCGAAACUGAAUUGGAGAGACAAAAGAGCAGUAGGGGUGCGCGAGGUGGUGCAGAAAACAGAGACUCUGGCGUCGCUGAUGUAGAGAUAUGUCCUUGUCCCGGAACUUGUUCCGAUAGAACAGAAACAGUCGAUGUCGACACGCAAUUGAAACGUUCUGCCCUUAGUAAUUCUCUUCUUGAUAUACACGAGCAGUUUGCCGGUGAGAAGCCACAGCGUCGUGGAAGCGUGGGUUCUCUGGACAGCGGUAUGUCUAUUUCAUUUCAAUCUACUUCUGCCAGCUCGAUGAGCCAAGGCAUUAAACAUCCUGGACAAGUUCAUCCUAUUCAUCCAGGAGCUACAAUUCCUGGAGCUGGUGGUAAGGGAUUAGCUCAGCAGCCGUCUUUUUUAGGAGGUCUUUUCACCAAACGAGAGCGAAAACUGUCACAAUCUGAAGAGUCCGGCCCUUACAGUCGUACCACGGAAGUAUAAUGUACUCUUCCAGUAAUGUAA